CCUACCACUACCUCCCUGCCUGAGGCAUGCGGGCAGGUACGUACCUUAGGUAAGUUUGCCUUCGAUACUAGUGUCGCCUCCCAAAGUCUUCUGUGUACCAUCAACCUGGCCGCGGAAGCCCUUGCUUUCCCCAAGUAGCUCCCGCAAUGACGCAUUUGCAUCACCUAGAAUGUGAGAAUUACUCGCAAGGUUAAAACCGUCCAAAGAGGACGAAAUUCGAAAUCGCAUCCCAUCGAGACCAGUAAUCAGUUAUUACCUUACCCAUAAUUAUCUAUAAAAAAGUUUGCCCCAGAUUAUGUACCUGUAGGUACUGUGCUUUGGGAUAUUCUGGCCAGCCUUGGCUCACAUGCGCGUGCGCUUGCUCAAGCUUCGAGUCAAGAUCCCUGUACCCCCUACCUUCUCUCUUUCGCCCCUUGAACAAAACCCCCUGUGACGAUUGGAAUCGUCGAUUCCCAUUCCUGCUUACACUCAGGCUACCUACCUCACCUCUUUUAUCGGCUUCAGACACCACGACGAGAAAACAUUCUCGAUAGAUUGACCCAAGUACGCACCGGCGAGCGAUGACGACGCGAGGUUCUCUUACGACCGCGCGACUCAAUUCAAGGCCCAGCUACAAUGGCUUCAAUGCUGCACGCCCAAUCGUUCUGGGCUUCGCGAAGCUUUUGGGCUUAGGCUUGUCCUCUGUCGCCGCAUCUCCCGUUCCUGCUACGCUCGGUCACGGCGGCAUCGAGCUACCCGAAGAUGAAGAUGGGACCCCGAAAUGGAUUCUGUUUCUCUUCUCAGCCUUCUUGGUGCUUGCCGGUGGCGCUUUCGCUGGUCUAACAAUUGCGUUGAUGGGCCAGGACAGCAUCUAUCUACAGGUCAUUUCUUCUGACAAGGACGAACCCCAGCAUAAGAACGCUAAGCGCGUGUAUAAACUCCUCGAAUCUGGGAAACAUUGGGUCCUCGUCACACUUCUUUUGGCCAACGUGGUUGUCAACGAGUCGCUCCCUGUUGUUCUUGACCGGUGUCUCGGUGGUGGUGUUGCCGCUAUUGUCGGCAGCACAGCUUUAAUCGUUAUAUUUGGAGAAGUCGUUCCACAGUCUGUCUGCGUACGAUAUGGCCUUCAGAUCGGUGGAUACAUGUCCAAGCCCGUUCUGGCGCUCAUGUACUUGACCGCACCCCUCUCUUGGCCGACUGCAAAGCUGCUCGACUGGAUUCUCGGAGAAGAUCACGGCACUGUUUACAAAAAGAGCGGUCUGAAAACGCUGGUUACCUUGCACAAGUCACUUGGUGUCGCUAGCGAACGACUGAACAAGGACGAGGUCACAAUCAUCAGCGCCGUUUUGGAUCUCAAGGAGAAGCCUGUCUCGUCUGUCAUGACCCCGAUGGAUGAUGUGUUUGUUAUGUCAGAAGAUACGGUGCUCGAUGAGCCUACGAUGGACAAGAUUCUGUCCGCUGGCUACUCACGUAUUCCUAUUCAUGAAUCCGGCAAUCCGACAAACUUCUUGGGAAUGCUGUUGGUAAAGAUCCUGAUUACUUACGACCCGGAGGAUGCCAUGCGUGUCAAGGAUUUCCCUUUGGCAACCCUACCAGAGACACGACCCGAGACUAGCUGCCUCGACAUCGUCAAUUACUUCCAGGAGGGGAAAUCGCACAUGGUCUUGGUAUCCGAGUCCCCUGGAAGCUCUUCUGGCGCUUUAGGUGUUGUCACCUUGGAGGAUGUCAUUGAAGAGCUCAUCGGAGAGGAAAUUAUUGACGAGUCAGACGUCUACGUCGAUGUUCACAAGGCAAUCCGGCGCCUGCAUCCAGCUCCCAACGCGCAGAUCUUUCGGAGGCACUCGGUCAACACUGCAUCCAAGUCGCAAGAGAACGUCAAGGCGGAUGCUAAUGGCAAGGACUCACUGGCUUCUACUUUGGUCCCGGAAGCUACCAACACCAUUGUGGCCGACUCUAGAUUGUCGAGUAGUCCGAAGACCACCUUUUUGAUGAGACGAAGCUCCGCAGGCCAAGACGGGCAGAUGGUUUCCUCGGCUGUGCCAGUCCGCACCAACCUUGACGAUAUUCGGGAACACCUCAAACACCUUGGACCCUCGAACCCAGCGAACAACCCGAAGAACACACGCCUAACUUCUGUCAAGAUCAAGCCAGGCAGCGGCUCGCAGGGGCAGGCUUUGCGUUCACCGUUGCCUGAUGUCCCGCCAGGCACUGUCCAUGAAAACCCGGACGUCCUAAUCCGUCUCACCGAACCCAGCGACCACGACGCUGAUGAACAGACGUCACUCCUGUCUCACACCAACAUGCCUUCCAAGGAUGGCGUACAAGCCCUUCGUCAAAGUUACGGUGCUGCGUCAGCUACGGAUGCUCAACAGCGCGUUUUAUCAUCAUCUCCCCAACAGCCUACCAAUGUUCCCGAUAUGUCCAACAAGAGCGACGACAGCACGCAAAAGCCCAGGGAGCGAACCCAGUCAGGUAUCUACAACAGGAUUGGGCCUAUAGCAGAGACAAGUCCAACCCGCGAUCCAGACACCGGGGCAAGCAGCCCUACAUCCGAACGCAGUGGCCCCACAACGCCUCUGCCUAAGCGGUCGACGGUUCGCAGUGGUAGUAUCACGGAAAACAUCUUUGAGUCGGAGCGCGGCUUCCGAAAGGUUGUUCUUGAAACCAACAGCUCCAAUGAAGAUGAGGAUGAGAUUGAAGAGAAUGCAACUUACUCAGCUGCCGAGGCGGACAAUAGUCCUCAGGGCAAGGGUACCUCAAGCUCCAACAACGAAGACGCCCAUGCCAACGGCUCAAAGAGUGCCAAGAAGAAGAACAAACGCAAGAAGAAGGGCAAGUCUUAGGCUGAUUUUUUAUCCCAGACUGUGAGCACAUCUGUUGCGCCGUCAGAGUUUGAGUUCUCGGUUUGAGGGCAAGAUUUGGAAAAGUGAACACGGGGGGUGAGGGAUGAUGGAUCUGGACGAGGUUAUUGAAUAGGUUAUGGAUGUGCUGUACGAUGAUUUACGCGAUCGGCAUCGUUAAUCAGGUCGGGACUACGGCGAAAACUUGAUGGGAUUCGUAUGUAAUUUAUUGAGAUACGUCACCCAGUCUGCACGUAUAGGGUCCAAAAGCUUUCUUUUCAUAUUGCAAUGCUUUACAGAAAAAAGCGACAGAUGGUACACGGUAGGAAAAAUGUACUAGUCUAGAAUGAGUUUACAACCAUUCUGGUUUUGAAUUGGGUUUCUUUUUAAAUCACCCCCCCUAUUCAAAUAAAACGCAAUGCCACAGUCUACUGGCUGACUUGCUUGUUCAUGUGUUCCAUACGAAUGCUAACAGCCCUCCUGUGAGCCUCAAGCUCCUCAACCUUGGCCAACUGCAUAACUGCCUCGCCAACGUUGCGAAGACCGUCCGCAGUCAGAUUGGAGCUGGUAAUGUGCUUGACAAAAGAGCCAAGGUUGACGCCCGAGUAUUGCUUUGCGUAGCCGUAUGUAGGGAGCGAAUGGUUGACACCGGCAGAAUAAUCGCCAACGCUCUCCGGAGUCCACUGUCCGAUGAAGACGCUGCCGGCAUUCAUGACCAGGUCGACGACGGCCUCUGCGUCCUUGAGCUGCAGGAUGAGGUGCUCCGGGGCGUAGUCGUUGCUGAUGCGCAUGGCCUCUUCAAUGUUGCGGACCGAGAUGGUGAUGGAGUGCUUGAUGCUUCCCCUGACAAUGUCGACCCUGGGCAGCGCCAUGGCCUGCUUGUGGACCUCGUCCUCGAUGGCCUUGAGGGCCGCCUCGUCCAGGUCGACGGCGAUGAGGACGACCUGGCUGUCGACGCCGUGCUCGGCCUGGGAGAGAAGGUCCGAGGCGACAAAGGCCGGGUUGGCGUCGCGGUCGGCAAUGACGAGGACCUCGGACGGGCCGGCGGGCAUGUCGAUGCCGACGCCGGCGUUGGUGUCGUUGCUGACGAGCAUCUUGGCCGCCGUGACGAACUGGUUGCCGGGCCCGAGGAUCUUGUCGACCUUGGUGACGCUCUCGGUGCCGUACGCCAUGGCAGCGACGGCCUGUGCGCCACCGGCGAGCACGAUGCUCUCGGCGCCGACCUUGUGGGCGACGUAGACGAUUUCGGGCGUCACAGUGCCGUCCUGGCGCGGCGGGGAGGCGAGCACGAUGCGCUGGCAGCCGGCUACCAUGGCGGGGACGCCGAGCAUGAGGGCCGUCGAGGGCAGCACGGCCGUGCCUCCGGGCACGUACAGGCCAACGCGCUCGAUGGGCCGGCUGAAGCGGCUGCACACAACGCCGGGCAUCGUCUCGACGCGCAGGGGCUUGUCCUCCUUCUGGGCCGCGUGGAACUUGCGGAUGUUCUCAAACGAGACAUCGAUGGCCUUCGCCGUCUCUGGGGACAGGCGCAUCAUCUCUUCAGGGAAGGGUGCCUUGAGGACGGGCGAUGUCAGGGAUGUUGCCUUUUCGAACUUGUGAGUGUAUGACAAGACGGCCUUGUCGCCGUUCGUGCGGACGUCUUCGACUAUGGGGCCAAUGAUCUUCAUGAUGGCGUCCGACGACUUUUGGGACGGGCGCUUCAGGGCUUCUUGGAUGUCGGCAACGGAGCUCUGGCUGACGUCGAGGACCUUCAUUGCGAUCCUGUCAGAUGUCGCCUCUUUAGCAGCAGGUGCAGCAGCAGCUGGCGCGGGCGCACUUGGUGCACUAGGCUUGAUGCCUUCCUUCUGGGCCCACUUGCCCUUGGCAUCUCCUGUCCUGCGCUUGACUUUCCAGCUCUUGGCGUCGAGGUUUCUCUCAAUGUCACUCAGACUGACGCCAGAAGCAACUGCCUUGGUAAGGGCAAAGUAGAUAAGGUCGGCAGCCUCAAAGGCUACGUUCUCCUUGGUCUUUGCAUCGCAAAGCUCCUCGGCUUCCUCCAUGAUCUUGGCCCUCAGUAGCUUCUCGUCUGAAAACAACCUGGCAGUAUACGAACCAGCGGGUGCGGACUCUUUGCGUUGCUUGAGUGUUUGCUCCAGCUUGGCAAUGCCUCCAAGGUUUCCAAAGCAGCUAAACUGGUCGAGGUGACAAAAUCGUCCCUUUUGCCUAACAACGAAUUUGAGAGCAUCGUUGUCACAGUCAAGAGAGAUCCGAACCAGUUCUUGGGUGUCUCCUGAGGUGGCUCCCUUGUACCACAAACCGCGCUUGCGACUUUGGUAGACACCGGUGCAAGUCCGUAGGGCCUCUCCGAUGCUCUCCUCGCUGCUAUAUACCAGUCCCAGGGCGAUCCCGUUAUCGUCGGUAACCACGGUGGGAAGUAACUUGUCUCCUCUGUCAGAAGUCCAGUUUGAUGCCAAGAGUUUAGAUAUCGAAACCUUUCCGUCAGUGGCAUCCUUGGUGGAAGGACACAGUCUGGACGACGGCAAGAUAACAGUGGCAUGCACUUGGCGGGCCAGUGCUGCGCAAAGCUCCAAGUCGGCGCCGUCGGCUGGCCUGAUGAACAGGGGUGAGCCCUUUUUCGAGUUGAAUUGCUGGACCAGUGUUGAAACAUCACCGCUUGCAUCUAUGCCGCUCACGAGUAGGCCAUUCUCUGCCGCGGAGACCUGCAAUGAGGUCGCCUCAACAGCCUGCCCAACCCUUGAGCCAUGUUCCUCAUAGUCCUUCAGCUGUUCCGGCUUCACAAAAACCUUCCUGGCACCACUAUCAAGCAGGGACAAUAUGUCGUCGGCAGACUCGAGUUGAGUCACAUCCAGAUAUGGUUCGAAGGCAGAGGUGCCUGGCUGCAAAAAGUUUCUCACAUCAUCAAGAUUCUGCGGCGUGACCUCGAAGAAUAUUGUGCCAAGGCAAGCAAGCUGCUCCCUGGACAGGCCGGUCUGACCAUUGAGGUUGGCCGAGGCAUCGACAAUGAAGGGCAACGGUAGUGUUGACUCCAUUGUGGAUUAGUUGAGCACCGUAGGUAUGUCGUAGGCAAUUACCUAGGUAGAUAGCUAGACGAGUUGCCAAUGGCUCACUCUGUGUAGAAGCAAAUAAAUUCAACGUCUGCGGCAAAUAGAAAGAAAAUGAGGGGCUUAUAUGAACGAUUGUAAGGACUUUGCGCGCUAGAUCGCUCGGCACACUUUUGAUAUCAAAAAAAAAAAAAAAAAAGGUAUGAUUUUGCUCAUCGUCUGGUUGACUGACAGAUGAACAUAAAAGCCAAGUCUUGAACAAUCAGUCAUAGGGGUUAGUCAUGCAGCAAAAAUCAGAACUUUUUCGAUGUCAGUCGCCUCCCGGGAAUCGGCGUUUCUUUCGUCAUGCUCAAGACGGCUAAAAUCACCACAGAGGGGCAAGGAAGCCCCACUACGUGACAUCGUGUGAAAUAUUUAUCCAGGACACUUUACUGCGUAUAUGCGGCAAAGGUUGGGUGGGCG